AAUCCCUUACAAAAAUGACAAGCGAUGAAACUCGAUUUGUUUUGAAAUUUGGAAUUCCGAAGUAGAUAAUUCCUACAUAAUAUGUGAAUAGGCACUUAUUACAAUUUUGACUCGAUUAGUAAAAUAUUACAUUAAAAAAAUGGUUUGCUAUUGUUGUGUGAAAGGAUGUACUAAUAAUAGCAAAAUGAAGAAGAAAGACCCGAAUUCGAACAUAACAUUCCAUGCGUUCCCAACAAAUUCAUUAAUGAAGGCUAAAUGGGUGAAAGCGAUUGGCCGUUCUAAUUGGGAUCCACCGGCCUAUGCACGUAUCUGCAGUAUACACUUUGAUCGCGACUAUGUCAAUUACGAGAACUGUAGAACUAGAAUCAAGGAUGAUGCUAUACCUGUUCUAAAUUUACCUUUGAGCUCUAAUUUUGAUGCUUCUGAGGUAAAAGUCUGUAGAAUAUGUCUGGCAAAUGAUGUUAAAAUGUACAGUACUCAAGAAGGAAGAUUAAAGUCUUAUAUGGAACAAAUAUUAGUGUUAAGGGAAAAAUUACAAACAGAUGGACUUCCACAGUUUGUGUGUUACAUGUGUGCAGCUGAGGUUGGCAAGUGUUGCAAACUUAUUGAGAAGAGUGUUGUAGCUCAGGCAACAUUGCUAGAUGUAUUUGCGCGAAAUGGAAUGGUAACUAAAGAUCUAAUACGAAGAAUCAAUAGAAAACAGUUAAACUUGUGUUCAUCAUUAUCUACAACCAAUCAAACACAUUAUUAUGUAGAACACGGUUCUAAAAACCAACAAAAUAGAUCAUCAAUGAAAUUUGAUUUUGAAUGCAAAAAUGGAGAAAUAAAUGUAAAAUUAGAAAAUCAUUUGGAUGCUAUGGUUGAAAAUUCAAAGAAUUAUGAUACAUCUGAUAUUAUUGAUGGAGGGAUGAGAUACAAUGAUAGAGAUAAUAUUUCGGUUGGAUCUGAUUGUAGUGACGAUAAAUCAUUAAGUUUAUUGAAGAAAACUAAGAGUCUAAAGAGUCGUAAUAAAGCCGAGUGUCCCAUAUGUAAGCUUCGUUUCAAGAGUGAAGCUUCCGUAGACUUGCACAGGCGACACACGCACAAGAAGAAGUUCCAGUAUAAAAGCUGCCCUAAAACACUUAGUGAUGCUGCUUUAACCGGAGAAGACAAGAAGAAACGUUCGAAACAACCCGUUAAUAAUAAGCGCGCGUUAAAUGGCCACGGAGACUUGUCGGAACCAAAACGUCUGGGAACAUAUCGAUGCGAUAAUUGCAAUGUCAAGUUUGUAUCGGAGGGCGCACUUCGAGUUCACCUACUCACUUCAAGUCGACAUAAUAGUAAAGUUACAAGCUCGGCCCCCUCCGAUUCGAAUACGAAUAAAACGUGCAAGAUCUGUCUAAAGGAGUACGAACUGCCGUCCGAACUGCUCCGGCACGUGCUGACCGACCACCGCAAGAGGCGGCUCAAGGAAACGUAUCCCACGAGUUGUGAACAUUGCAACAAAAUGGUAAGUAGCCGUCGGGAACAUUGGUGGCACACGUAUAAGGAACAUCCGGAAGAGAAGGACUCGUAUAGACGCGUCAUCGCCGCCAUCUGUGACGUCUGCGGUAAGGGAUUCCAGAAUAAAACGAAGUUACGUAUCCACGAGCUACGUCACGCGUCUCCGUCGGUGCGGUGCGACGAGUGCGGGCGCGCGUUUUACGACAAGUACGCACUGGCGCGGCACGCACACACGCACACGCGGGCGCGUCCGUUCGUGUGCACGCACUGCGGACAGACCUUCACGCUGCGCACCAACCUCAACCGCCACGCCAAGCCCACCUACGACAAGUACGCACUGGCGCGGCACGCACACACGCACACGCGGGCGCGUCCGUUCGUGUGCACGCACUGCGGACAGACCUUCACGCUGCGCACCAACCUCAACCGCCACGCCAAGGUGCACUCGAAUGUGGCAGCAUACCAGUGUCCCAUGUGCUGCAAGAAGUUCAAGUAUUCGACCAGCAGAAACCUACACAUCCGCACCGUACACUACAAGCUGCCUACUCCGCCUCGUAAGAAGCGGACCAAAACUUCAGACUAACUAAAUAAACAAAGAUCCAUAUUGCAUGUAUUUAAAAUGUUAAGUAAACUAUAUAAAAUAAACGAUAUUUAACGUAACUACAGUUCAAUAUAAAA